AUGCCCUCUCUUCAGCCAUCGCGCAUCCCUCCCUAUCACCUUGGGAGACGGGUCAAUGAGAAAACCGAUCGGAACCUGAUUCUUCUCACCACAACCCUAGUGAAUUUCUUAGAUCUAUUCCAGCUCUCCGCAGUUCUGUUUGGGCUGCCAGACAUUCAACAAGCCCUUGACUUCACUUCUGAAAAUGUCAAUUGGGUACUAGUUGUGUACAGUAUCACGUUUGCGGCCUUGCUCUUGAUUGGGGGUCAAGUAGGUCAAUGGCUGGGGCUAGAAAAGACCUUUAUCGCAGGUACAGCAGUUCUCACUAUAUCAAAUAUCAUCAACGCCGCUGCGAAGAACAAAGCCACCCUGCUCGCUGGUCGUGCCAUUUCAGGUAUUGGGGCAGGUUUAACCGCAAUUACUAGUUUGUCCGCACUAACUUUCCCAACUCAGGCUCCAAACGGGCUUGCCAUCAUCAGCAGGACGUUUCCUGACGGAAAGGCACGCAACACAGCAUUGGCCAUCUACACGGCUUGUGCGCCUCUGGGUUCCACGAUUGGUACCGUCGUUGGUUCUCUCCUCUCUUCUUCUUCAGUUGGGUGGAGGUCCAUCUUUUGGAUUUGCAUUAUUUUGACCGGACUAGCCCUUAUUUUAGCCUGUCUAUUCCUACCAAAGUUCGACAGAACUAGUGAUCUAUCCAUUGACAUCCUCGGCGCUGUUGUAUUUACCAUUGGAGUUGCGCUGUUGGUAUACGGAGUCAAUGAUGGUUCAAGAUCUGGCUGGCGCUCAGCCCCCGUACUCGUCGGCGUAAUCCUCGGCGCAUGCAUUUGCAUCUCGUUGGUCUUCAUCGAGACCAAAGUAACCAACCCAGCUAUCCCUCGCUAUGUCUGGAGGUCGGGCCCGUUUGCACUCAUGAUGUUUGCCAUAUUUGCCUUCGGUGGCAGCUUCAGUGCCUGGUUCUUUAUUGUCACGCAACUGUGUGUGAACCUACUAGGUUACACGCCCGUCCUUACUGCUGUGUAUUUCUUGCCAGGCGCUUUCUCUGCGAUAGCUAGUGGGGCUCUGUCCGCGCCAAUGGUCAGGUUGAUCGGGGAAAAGGGGACUCUGGUUCUCGGCCUCGUAAUAACGGCCUGCGGCGCUGUAUCUUGGGCAUUCGCAACGCCUGAACGAGCUGGUGGAACGUACCACGGGGGGGGGUAUUGGUAUUCAAUAGUGUGCGCGAUUUUGUUUGUUUGUGGCAGCCCGCUUGCAAUGGUGCCGGCUCAGAGCAUUUUGCUUCGUCACGUUGAAUCUGGUAGUCACGCUGUUGCUGCUGCUUUAUUUAACACAGCAUACCAGGUGGGCGCCAGCGUGCUCCUAGCAGGGGCCAAUGCUUUGAUGAAUUCGCAAAGAGAAUCCAUCGGGGACAUGGAAGUAGUGGCUAUGGAAGGGUAUCGCAAUGCGUUUUGGCUACUUACUGGCGUUCUUGGAGCGGGAUCUGUACUGAUUGCAGUGUGUUACUGGCCCAAAGCAACGGAUGAGGCUCCGCCCAAGGAAGCAACGGAGCCUAACAGCCACCUAGCAAGUGCUGAAAAGGCAUGAGUGCCGGUGAACCUCGAAGAUCUAUACUGCACUGUCUUGGUGGAUUUCUCAAGCUAUGACUGACGACCGAGGGAGGGCAGUGUGAGGAGGGAGUAUGGAUGAAGAGUUGUAAUUACUUGUAACCAACUUCAUCUCAUCGGAAGGAAUAAUUCUCUGGCUGGGUUUGAAUGACAUUUUUGACUAACACAUAUGGUUGAAUUACUUUAAUAAACUUAAAUAGGCACAUGGAAGAAAACUUUAAGCCAGUUACUUGAAAGAGCAUAGGGGCUAAAUUGAGUUAACUGCUACAUUGUC